GUCCAGCCCUCUGCAGAACGCUCACGCCAGGCCACUUCCAUCGAUGGAACCGCCCUACACCCCUCCCUCGGCGCGCUCGAGCGGUUGGGGCGGCUUUUCGACACCGCCGAGCCGCUCCUCCGGUGGAUCGAGCUCCAAGGCGGACUACACUGGCGACCGGUUCAUCCCGACGCGGCGCGGAGUAAACCUGGCCGAGCAGUUUGCGCUCCUGCCAGAGGGCGGCAGCGGAGGCGGAGGGGGGAGCGGCGGGAGCGGAGCCGAGCGCAGUGGCGACGGCGGCGCCGCCACCACGCCGCGCGAUGACGACCCGUACAACAUGCUGCUGCGGAACGAGUUGCUCGGCGACAAUGUGGCAGUCACUUCGCGGCGCGGCUCGGGACGGCACGGCGCGAGGGGCGGCAGCGCGGGGGGAGGGUCGGGCGGCAGCCUCUUCCAGUACCGCGUCUCUCCCGCUCGAGACGCGCCCGCCUCUCCCUUCUCCCUCUCACCCGUGGAGGCGGACCCGAUGCUGCCCGCGGCGCGGCGCACGCAGCGAAAGAUCCCGUCGGUGCCGUACAAGGUCCUCGACGCCCCCGCCCUCCAGGACGACUUUUACCUCCACCUGGUCGACUGGUCGUCGACCAACGUGCUCGCCGUCGGGCUCGGCGCGUGCGUCUACCUGUGGAGCGCGUGCACGAGCAAGGUGACCAAGCUGUGCGACCUCGGGCAAGAGACGGUCACGUCGGUCUGGGACGCGGCCAAGGCUUCGCUGCUCCGGACGAUGGGCGGGCACCUCGGCCGUGUCGGCACUCUGUCGUGGAGCGGUCCCUCCCUGUCCUCGGGCUCGCGAGACCGGACCAUCUGCAUGCGCGACGUGCGCAGCGCGCCGCCCUUCACCUCGCAGCUGGUCGGCCACAAGCAGGAGGUCUGCGGGCUGCGGUGGGCACACGACGGGUCGCAGCUCGCGUCGGGGGGGAACGACAACAAGCUCUUCAUCUGGUCGCCGCACGGCACCUCCCCGCUGCUCCGCUUCUCCGACCACACCGCCGCAGUCAAGGCGCUUGCGUGGUCGCCGCACCAGAACGGGCUCCUCGCCUCGGGCGGGGGCACCGCCGACCGCUGCAUCCGCUUCUGGAACACCCAGACCGCCACCGCCCUCUCGGCGCUCGACACGGGCUCGCAGGCGCACACGCAGCCCGCGCGCCUCGGCGGCUGCACCUCUCGGCCGCACCUCGGCGGCUGCACCUCGGCGGCUGCGCCUCUCGGCCCUGCGCCUCUCUCAGGCGUGUGCUCUACCUCGCUCUCUCUCCCGACGGGCAGACAGUCGUCUCUGGCGCCGGCGACGAGACGCUUCGCUUCUGGAAUGUCUUCCCGCAGGCGCGCCGCACGACGGGCGACGAGGCGGCGCCUUUCUCGCGCGCGUACACGGUCAGAUGAGGCGCAGCUGGGGCUUGGUGCGCGCGCACGUGCCCACGGCGGCUCCUGACUCCUUGGCGCCGGUCAGGGCAGCGCUGCAGCCGGCGGCGCGAGGCGGCGGCGCAAGAACGCGGCGGGCCGCGCCGCCCGGAGGCUGCGGAGAGGGAGGAGGAGAGAGGUACGGGCGCUCGCAUUUGGCGGCCAUCUGCCGGGCAAUUGUAGGAGGAGUAUUCCCCAGACACGUGUCGUACAGUCGGGGGCACGCGGUCGCUGGGCGCUGCGCGAGGCCGCGGAGCUCAACGCUGCGCGCCAGGCCGCCAGCGCGUGGUAUUGGGAAAGAAGGAAAAUAACAGAAAAAAGGAAGUAGCUCUUCUUUUGUUUUUCCAGUUAGCGCGCCAU